CCAUCCAUAAGAUGCGUAAGACUACGCAACUGUGUCCAUAAGAACGUGUGUAUCAGAGAAAUAAACUAUCGAUAGUGAUAUUGUCACCGAUUGUUUAACAGCUCCAAUAUCUGCCAAUAAGUUUAUAUAUAUAUUAUAAACAAUAAUUAUGUUAUUAAAUAUUAUUACCAACCAAAAAUUUACAUUUGUCAUUCGAGUUUGUCAAAAGUGUAUUGCUAAUGUAUACAGUGUACAACCUCACAUAUUUUCAUAUCAGAAAAUUGGCUACAGUAAAUAUUUGAACGGACGGUUUAUUCAUAACUAUAUUUCAUCAGAUAAAAAUGUACCUAAACCAAUGACUAAAACUAAAAUCCAUAAAGAUGCUGUACUGGUAAAAAAUACCAUUGACCCCUUGGCACUUAAUGAAACAGAAUCAUCAACUUUUAAAUUUAAAUUGCUGUUAUAUGAUGAAAACAAAGAUGAAAUAAUAGCCGAGCUUAAUGCUUGUAAGGAUACAUCCCAACUAUGGCAGUUCAUAAAAGAAUACCAUGAGGUAUUUAAAUGUAACCAUAUUGUUCAGUCAAUAUUGGUUCUGAGAGAUAUUUUUCAAGAUCGUAAGGAUUGCUUAGUUACAGAAGAAUUAUUAAAAGUAAUUUUAAGGGCUUUGGAGCCCCACGUAAAUUCAAUAAAUAUCAGAGAACAAAGUUGUUGUUAUCUUUGCCUCCGAAAAUUUGGUGUUCCUAACACUAAUUUGGUUAUGCAGCAGUUGCUCCUGGGUGCAUUAAGGAAGGUCUGUAUUUCGUCACCAGAUAAACCAAUUGCGUUAGCUGCAUUAUGUCGAUUAGCUGUUGGUAUUAACACUGGCAAUGAUUUUCACGUUCCUACAGUUUGUAGUUCCUUUAUGCCACAUAUAAUGCUCCAUAUUGAACAUUGUGAUAACGAAGAGGACUUGCGUCUUCUUUCAAUAUGCAUAUUAAACCUACAACCUUUAAUUACGACAGAUAUUUUGGAAACAUUUAAAAAAAAAUUAGAUCUUUUAAUUAGAAAUGGUGUUAUUAACACAAAAACUCCUAGAACGACAAUAAAACUACUACAUUUAUUAAAUAUUUCAAUAUGGUCACAAAAAAAUGGUCAAAUUAUACGACAGCUUUUAUUAUUAUUAUAUCCAAGUUUUUCAAAUCUUAAUAUAACGGAUCUUAAAACAAUAAGUAGAGUUUUUAGUUACCAUUUAGAACCAUCAGCUCUAAUUAACCCAUUUAGCAAAUUGAUGAAAAAUUUACUUCAAAGGCACCAAACGGUCGAUGUUCUCGCCGCCUAUUUACCAUUUCUAGAACCUUUUUGGCGAGAGCCAACAAUUGAAAUUUUUAAAAAUUUGCUUUUUACUUCCGAAAAAAGCCUAUCUACAUAUCCGGCCACCGAGUAUUUUCAAAUAAUUCGUGCUUUAAAAAUAUCAGAUUCGAAAAUAUGUGAUGCAUAUUGGGCUAAUAUUUUGAAAUCCUUAAAUUCGAAUGAUGAGGAGAAAAAAAACCUUCGGUUUCUAAGACACUGUCAUCGUUAUAUGCAUUUUAAUAAUAAUUUGGGAGGAACAUACCGCUUCAUUCCUCUCGAACGGAGGCUCUCUCAAUUGGCUAUGGAAUUGAUAGAAAAUGAUGUAUCUGGACGACUACCAUCAAAGUUUGCGCGUUUAGCAGCUUUUGUAUUAGCAUAUGGUCAUACACCUUUUGGAUGGAAAAAGUUUCCUAAUGUUGUACUUUCCAAAAUUAUAUCCAUGUCUAGCCAAUUCAGUACUAUAGAUUGUUUUCUUCUUAGUCGUGGGGUUUAUAUUGCUUUGGAAUUGCGAUUUCGUAAUAUGAUUCCAUCGUUAUUGGGUAUGCAACUAACUACUAUAGAUAGCGUAUUAACCGAUUGCAUUGGGCGCCAUUUGGAGAGCAAGUACUUGUCGAUUUUUGAUUUAAACACCAUAGUGCGAACACUUGGAUACAGAAAAUCUUUGAAGAAUAAAACAAUUUAUCAAGAAGCCUUAAGCAGGUAUAAUCAACUUGAUUAUAGUGAACUUAAUUCUCGUUUAAUUCGGGAAAUGGCUUACAAUUUCAAUAUAUCAAACUGCAUUGUACCUAGUGCUAUGGAAGCCAUGUUCACAUACAUUGAAACUAAUCAGAAAUACGUAAUUGGCGAAACUGUGGAGAAAGUUUUAAGUUGCGCUUAUAAUUUAGGUUAUAUGCCACAAUCUGAAGCUGUACUUAAUAACGCUGCAUUUAUUUUAAAACGAGACUUCGAAAAUAUGAGUGGCUUGUCGAUUGUGCAAGCAUGUCUGGCGCUAUGCUACUAUAAAUCGAUGCCUGAAGAUCUUAUUGACAAAGUGUUUUGUGUUAAAUUUAUUCAAAGAAUAGAAGAGGAGAUUCACGUGUGUUACUCCAAGGCGACUUAUCCCGAACGAGUACUUAACUUAAUAAUGAAGUUAAAUCGGACAGUGUGCCUGGAUUACCCGGAGGCGAAUGUACCAUGGUUUCAACAAAAUUACUUAGAAGCUCAACUCAGCAAAAAACAUAAAAAUCGAAGCAAAUUUGGCGACGAUGUCAAAAAUCUCCUGAAUGCAGUUUUAAGCGAUGAUAGUUUCUUCAGUUGUAAUCACAUUACACCUUAUGGAUAUCAACCAGCUUUAAAUUGCUGUUACCAAUGCCAUUGAGCUGUGCAUUUAUACAAGUACAAUUCGUAUGGAGUACCCUAUAAGAAUUCGAACCCAUUACAGAGCAAAUUAAGAUUUCACAUCGAGUUCGCUCAAUUUUGCUAUUUCGCAUCAUCAAAAUUUUCGCAAGCUUCUUGAUUGCCCAAUUUUAUACCAUAUAGAGCCCAAUAAAGUUAUUUUUGGGCUUUUUGUCUCCAAAUUUUUAAUUAUUUGUACCCCCAAAGGAUCCAUCGGAUUCAAAUCAAGACUGGCCACUUUUUAAGUGCGAUUUUGCGUUCUUAAAUCCAUUUUAUAAACGCGAAUGCUAACGUUAUCUAUCCCUAAAAUGGCGCCUUUAUCAUAUCACCAAAAAUUUAGGGAAACUAGCUGUUUUACAAAACCAAGCAAGUGUUGCAGACCAAGAUAACUUUACAGGACUUGCAAGUUUGGCAUUCAAGAAGCUUGAAUGCGUAAUCAUACGAAACAGCAAAAUUUAGUGAACUCGAUAUGAAAUCGUAGUUUUGAGGUUAUUAUUUAUUGAGAACUUAAUAAAAUUAAGCAUAUCAAACAUGAAGUUGGUGCGUUUAUAGGAGUAUGCUAUAUUAUUAAACGGAAUUGAAUUAAAUAUAACAACAACAACGAAAACGCAA